AGAAUAGCUAGGGGAGUCACAUGACACAGCUUGUUACUUAUGAUUUUAAAGGCCCUACUGCACAACAGGAACUGCUCGUGUUGCACUAUGUCCUUCACCUUGUAUCCCAACUCUUGUGACUGCUUUGUGUCACUGCCUCCAGCCUCACUUUCUCCUGUUGUUAUCUUUGGAAAGAACUCAGAUCGAUAUCGUGAGGAAGUUCAGGAGGUGGUGUAUUUCCCUUCCGCUACGCAUGUUCCGGGGUCAAAAGUGAUGUGUACAUACCUGGAGAUAGAGCAAGCACCUACAACUUUAGCUGUUCUUCUGAGUCGCCCAGCCUGGUUAUGGGGGGCAGAGAUGGGAGCUAACGAGAGGGGAGUGUGUAUUGGCAAUGAAGCAGUGUGGACCAAGGAGCCAGUAGUGGAGUGUGACGCUCUACUGGGCAUGGAUCUUGUAAGACUGGCUCUGGAGCGUGCUUCAUCUGCUCAAGAAGCUGUGCAAGUUAUCACUGAACUGCUGGCACGUUAUGGGCAAGGCGGCAGUUGCAUGGAACAACCUGAACCUUUUACAUAUCACAAUACUUUCCUGCUGUGUGACCGCUUAGAGGCAUAUGUCCUGGAGACUGCUGGACCCUACUGGGCAGCAGAGAGGAUCACUGAAGGUGCAAGGAAUAUCUCUAACCAGCUGAGUGUGGUUAAACCAUGGAAGGAGCACCCUCAGCUCCGCUCACAUGCCGUGGCACAAGGCUGGUGGGAUGGCGAGGGAGAAUUCAAUUUCAGUGCUGUGUAUUCUCUGGAAAAGCAGCCAGUGCGAAUGGAGGCAGCAAAGAAGAGAUACAAAGCAGGACAGGAACUGUUGCAGAAGAUAGAAGGAAAGAUCACAGUCGAGUCUAUGAUGGAGAUUUUACGUGACAAGAACAGUGGCAUUUGUAUGGAUUCUGUUCGCCACCGUACCACAGCCAGUAUGGUGUCUGUACUUCCACAUUGCCCCGACUCACCCUGUAUUCAUCUACUGACUUCGACACCAGACCCAUCCAGGUCGGUGUUCAAGCCUUUUGUCUUUAACUUUGUGGUGUCACAAGUACCAUGGGUACUGUCACCCAUAUUUGGAGACAGGGACCCUAUCAGAGAGAAUCCUCGGUUCCAGACUCAGGUUGAUCGCAGGCAUGAGCUGUACAUACACCAUGAGAGAGUACUGGAGACCUCUGAAGUCACACAGGAUGCAGAACAAAGAUUACAUGUCAAGCAAAGGGAGCUGGAGGAUGAGAAUAUCCACUUGGUCAAAAAAUUGCUAGAGAGGAAUGAGACACAUGACUCCAUACAGCUGACUGACCUCUUCCUGAAAAGUGUGGAGAAGGAAUUAUUACUAUACAAACGGGAAACCGUGUAAUUAAACCAUGUCAUAAAUAAAACAUAUCAUCAAUAUAAUAAAACAACUGUUUAAUAUAUUAUACACAUCUUCGAAUACCAAUCAACAAUUACAAUAUAUUCAGCAGAUGAGUAAUUUACA